GUAAAAAUAUUGUUAAGUUCAUAGCGCCUUCAAACCAUUAUCAAACUAUAACUUUGUUACUUGUACUGUCAAGAUUCCUUUCAUAAUCACAAUCGACAAGCUGCAGAGAGACAUCUAAGUAGGAUGGAUCUGAAAAUGUUCAUCGAUCACUACUCUUUUGCCAGAAUUGCAGGCUUAUUAGCUUUGUUAUCUUUCUUCUAUUAUUUAUGGAUCUCAAAGUUGUCAAGGAAUACAAAACUAUCAUCAGUACAACCACCUGAAGUUGCUGGCGCAUUGCCUAUAUUAGGCCACCUUCCUCGGCUACUAGGAGGACUAGGAGGGUCUAGGCCUCUAUUCAAAAUCCUUGCAGACAUGUCUGACAUUUAUGGACCUAUCUUCAUGGUCCGGUUUGGUAUGCAUCCAACCCUGGUGGUAAGCAGUUGGGAGAUGGCUAAAGAGUGCUUCACCACCAACGAUAAGUUCCUCACUGGCCGCCCAUCGGGUGCUGCCGACAAGUACCUCACUUCUGGCCUGUUUGGUUUUUCGACGUACGGUCCUUACUGGCGAGAGAUUCGUAAGAUCUCUACCGUCCAUUUACUCUCACAUAGGCGUCUUGAGCUUUUCAAGCAUGUUCCUUACUUGGAGGUCGCCAACUGCAUGAAACACUUGCAUCGACGCUGGAUAGACAGUCAAAACCAAAUAAAACAAAAUGACGUAGCAGCUGGUUCAGUAAAAGUUGACAUGGGCAGAGUAUUUGGCGAGCUAACCUUGAAUGUGGUGUUGAAGUUAGUUGCUGGAAAAUCAAUUUUUUUCAAGAACGACAACACUCGUGAAUAUGACUCCAAGGAUGGUCAUAACAAAGCGGAGGAAGAAGGUAAAAAGCUCCAUAAGACCAUCAUAGAAUUCUACUCACUAGCAGGAGCUUCGGUUGCAUCUGAUGUUCUUCCAUUUCUUGGGUGGUUGGAUGUGGGUGGACAAAAGAAACGCAUGAAAAGUGUAGCCAAGGAUAUGGAUUUCAUUGCUGCGAAGUGGCUUGAAGAGCAUCGGCACCAAAGAAGACAAACAGUACUCUCAAGCUCAGCAGUACUAGGUAGCAGUAAUCAUGACGAUGCGGAAGAUUUCAUGGACGUGUUGAUGUCAAUUCUUGAUGGGGAAAAUGAUGAUCUCUUCUUUGGUUACAGCCGUGACACUGUAAUCAAAACCACAUGUCUGCAACUUAUAGCAGCUGCCGCAGAUACCACAUCAGUUACGAUAACAUGGGCUCUUGCAUUACUAAUUACUAAUCCUACAGUAUUAAGGAAGGCUCAGGAUGAGCUUGAUGCCAAAGUAGGAAAGGAUAGAAACAUAGAGGAACACGACAUCAAUAAUCUUGUCUACCUCCAAGCAAUUGUUAAGGAGACACUCCGGAUGUACCCUGCUGGCCCACUCAGCGUACCCCACGAGGCUAUCGCAGACUGCAGUAUUGGUGGGUAUGAAGUGAGAGCAGGCACCCGUUUGUUGGUCAACCUAUGGAAAAUGCACCGCGAUCCUCGAGUAUGGUCAAAUCCGUCAGAGUUCAAGCCAGAGAGGUUCCUUCCACAAUUAGAUGGUGGAUCUGGUGGUGAGGCGGCAAACUUGGACUUCAGAGGUCAAGACUUUGAGUAUCUACCUUUUAGUGCAGGAAGAAGGAUGUGUCCAGGGAUCGACUUUUCCCUCCAAACGCUUCACAUGGCGCUUGCUCGCCUGCUUCAUGCGUUCGAUUUCAACAAUGACUCGGCAGGACUAAUAAUAGACAUGGCGGAAGGUUCAGGUUUAACUAUGCCCAAGUUGACACCACUAGAGAUUUACCUCUGCCCACGCCUCCCAGCCAAACUCUACUAGAAUUUGUAGCCAGGAUGUAAGGGUGUCUCCCAUGUUCCAUUCCAAAGAAAAAGUUCACCUGAAAAGUGUCUUAAGGGAUUUAAGGUGAAUUUGUACUCUGCUUCCUUAUAUAUUGAAUUUAUUAUGAAGUAAUAACCAACUGGAGAUAAAUUUGUACUAUCCCUUGGAUUCUUUGCAAUCAUAAUAUUUUGGUAGCGUUUGAAA